AUGCGUUACUGGACCUUUACAGCCUCGUUCCUCGUAUCUCUUAGACUUACUGAAGCUUUAUCACUGAAAACUUCUGAAGCCAUUGUCGACCUUGGAUAUGCAAAGUAUGAAGGCAACGUCACUUAUCCCAAAGCUGUCGCCUACCUAGGGAUUCCAUAUGCAGAACCACCUGUGGGUGAUCAUCGGUACCGUGCACCUGCACCCUUGAACGCUACAAGGGUGCGCAGGGAAACUAUGGGGAAACGGUGGAUGCAACGUCGUACCCGCUUCCUUGCAUUCAAGGUUCCAUGGCAGGUAUGUUCUGAGAUUCUUCUUGGAUGGGCCCUUCGACUAAUUGAUGCAUUAUUCGUGGGUGGUGCUGGUGGAGCCGGGUCGGAGGAUUGUCUGAAAGUCAAUGUAUAUGCUCCUCUGGGAGCCAAGAAGGGCCAGAAACUUCCAGUCAUCGUGUACUUUCGUGGAGGAGCCUUUGUCUGGGGUAGUGCCGCAACCACUCCGUUCGACCAUUGGGUUCAACAAGUCCCCGACGUCGUAGCUGUCGCUGUCUACUACCGUCUUGACUCUUUCGGAUUCUUGCCGCAUCCGACAGAUGAUUCUUCUCUCGCAGAUCACAAUGUCGAUUCCUUCAUCAAACGGAGGCUUUGCGAUAGGUUCAACGGUAUAUCGAUGCAUUUAGAGGUGAUCCCGGUCGUGUCACCAUCAAUAGGCAGAGUGCUAGUGGGGCUUCGGUUGAGCACCAUCUCGUCGCUCCGAAUAACGACGACUUGUUCCAUGCUGCUAUUGCUCAAUCAGUUUAUCGUGUUCCUUUCCGGACUUUGGAUCAGCAGAAGAUUCUGUCCCUACAUUAACCAAAGCGCAAGAUUCCCUCUUCAAUGUACGUUACGAUGGUUUCCACUCUUUCCUAGACGGCAGAGUCAUUACCGAGUAUCCUACGAUUGCCAUCAAAGGCGUUUCAGACGCGUGCCGUUGAUUGUCGGUGCAACUUCAAAUGAAACGCUUUCCGACGAAGGUUCUUCUAUCUCUGCGGCUUUGAAAACUUUCUUCCCUGCGCUCACGGAUAGCGACAUCGCUGAACUGGAGCAACGGCAUCCCGCUUCGGACUGCACGACGUUUGAUCAGCAGUUUAGAGCAGCAACUGGUGAAUCCGAGUUACUUUGCGCCAGAGAAAUCAUGGGUGGUGCUUUCGCGAAAGAAACGGAUGUGUUCAUUUACCGCUUCAAUCAGCCAAACCCUACCAUGGGAGUCUCGACGGUUGACCAUGCAGCUGAUGAUUACUUCUUAUUUAGAGGUUCGAAUCCCGGGUUCAAUGGGACCGCAACAUUCACUCCUCUCUCGCCCACUGAGGAAUCAUUCGCCGAAAAGCUCGUUGCAUACUGGACGUCAUUCGUGCGCACUGGUGACCCGAACAUUCACAAGCUCGCUCGCUCUCCCGUGUGGCCUCAAUUUACUUCCCAGGACCAGAUGCGUAUCGUUUUACAGGAGGGAAGCGUUUCGAAGAGCGGGAACUUCGUCGAAGCCGAGCCCGAGGCACAAAGCAAUCGCUGUGCUUUGAUUGCGAGGAAGGCCCUUGCGGAGCAAAACUAG